AUGGGAGCCCUACAUGAAGGACACCUUUCUCUCGUUCGACGCGCCUUGAAAGAAAACAGCCACGUGUUUGUGUCCAUCUUUGUCAACCCGACCCAAUUCGCCGCACACGAGGAUUUGGACUCUUAUCCUGUUACGUGGGAAGAAGACCUGGCCAAGUUGAAGAAGCUGGAGGAGGAAUACCUUGAGAGCGCCAAGUCCAUGAGUCCCUGGAGGCCCUCCUCGAUACGUGGGAUCUUUGCCCCGACGGUCAAGACCAUGUACCCUACUCUACCUCCCACCUCGGACAUUGCAGGCCAUGGUUCCUUUGUCACAAUUACUCCCUUGGGAUCCGAGCUCGAAGGGGCAUCGAGGCCCAUCUUCUUCCGCGGCGUCGCGACUGUCUGUACGAAGCUGUUCAAUAUCGUACAGCCCGACCGAGUCUAUUUUGGGCAGAAGGACAUCCAGCAGUCCGUCCUCAUCAAACGCCUAGUCAGGGACUUCCACAUACCCACCGAGGUCCGCGUUGUGCCUACGGUAAGAGAACCAGACGGGCUGGCCAUGAGCAGCCGAAAUGUAUACCUGGGUGAAAAGCGCAGGGAGGACGCCACAGUUUUGUCACGAGCACUGUUCGCCGUGCUGGACCUGUACAACUCCGGUGUCUUGCAAGUGAAACGUCUCCGCUCGGCGGCCUUUGACGUCUUCAGAGAGGACGUGACUCGGCUCCGAAGUGACGGUCGAAUAGGGCCCAGUGGUCAGAUCGAUGUCGACUACGUCGCCAUGUCUCACCCGGAUACCAUGGGAUUGAUCCCGGACGACGAAGAACUCAACCCCAACAUUGGCGGCAUCUUGAGCGCGGCCCUGAUCGUCUCUCCCGUCGACAAUCCCAAAACGCAGCAGGAGCUGAAUCAGAGAAGCGUCCGACUGAUUGAUAACGUCAUCUUGGAGCCGAAAGUCGAUGUGAGAGUGAGGAGGGAACGAAGACAGCAGGCAGCGGCACGCCAUGCGGCAUCAGUCUACGCAGCCGCCAACGGCGAACCCACAGGGAUCCCGAAAGGUCAAACCGACGAGGCUCAAAGUAUAUUCCCCUUCAAGUGCUUAUAA